ACAAAGACGACUCAACUCAAGCAAAUUAACAAUUCAACCUCAUUCUCCGAUCAGCCAGUUGUGAUCUCGAAAUCUCGAUCGGAGUUCGUCUGAAGAUGUCGAAAGCCGACCAGCCUGUUGUUGGAGUUCCAUACUUUAUCGGAAUGAACCCGUACCAGGCCGGGAUGAUCCCACCAAACGCCGUCUACGGCGACCCCAAGGAGAUUCCGAUUCAUCAGACCAUGUACCGGGACACACCUGCUCCGUUCAAUUGCCCUUACUGUGGCGAGUCUGGACUCACUGAUGUCAGAUCGAAACCUAGUCUGGCGGCAGUUGUUGCUUGCAUGAUGCCAUUAGGUCUUGGGAUCUGCUUUCUUUGCCCUUCAAUGAACUGCCUUUGGCAUAAAUAUCACUACUGCCCAAGCUGCCAUCAAAAGGUUGCUGAUUUUGAGAAAUCAGAUCCUUGUGCAGUGGUAGAUUUGCCACAAUGGAAACAAGAUAGUUUUGCUGUGCCAGCGUGAAAGGUUUACUUUUAUGACAAACAUUGUGCCUGUGGUAUUUUCAAUUCUGUUACAUUUACUCGUGUUUACUGUCACUCUUAUCUAUAUAAAGAAGGAGCUGAUAACCUGGAUUUGGGGUUACAUAUGUUUCUAUGAUGGCAUACUGCAGUCUUCUUUUCUAUGGUUUUGUUUCUCAGAUUGGAUUCGUGUAGAAACUUGUGCCAAGUUUUCUUGCUCUUA